AGGUGUCCAUGAAGAGGCCCACAGAUGAGCGGACGCGGUCGAUGCGGUGCCUGCACACAGCGGGACACAGUUCCCCACAAAAGGGAAGGAGAUUCCCACACAGGCCAGGCCGCGGCGGCGAAGGCGGAGGAUGCUGCACUGAGAAUCCAGCCGGUCUCCAAAGGACAAAUCCCGUGAGGCUCCCCCUGCGCGCAGUCCCUGGAGGCGCUGAAUCCACAGACAGAAAGUGGACGGGGCGCCAGGGCUGAGGAGGGGAGGGGGCGUUUGAUAGGGACAGAGCUUCAUUUUGGGAGGACAGGAGAGUCUGAGAACGGAUUUUGGGAGGACGGGAGCGUCUGUGAACGGAUUUUGGGAAGACGGGAGCGUCUGUGAACGGAUUUUGAGAGGACGGGAGAGUCUGAGAACGGAUUUUGGGAGGACGGGAAAGUCUGAGAACGGAUGGUGGGGAUGGAUGCACCGAAUGAUCCUGAAUCAAGCACUUCAAAGCAGAUAAAAUGGCAACACCGGCCCCCCAACAGUCACGCCACGCUGAAGCUGGAGACGAACUCGCCCCAGCAAGGGCCCGGCGACACUCAGACGGGACGUUCACCAGCGAGCUCAGCCGCCUGCGGGAGGGCGCGCGGCUCCAGCGGCUGCUACAGGGCCUGGUGGGGAAGCGCAGCGAGCAGGACGCAGAGAACAGCACGGCCUGGACCAGGCUCGGCGCGGGUCUGCUCUGCCCGUCAGGGUCCAACAUGCCCAUCCUGCAGGCCUGGAUGCCCCUGGACGGGACCUGGUCUCCCUGGCUGCCCCCUGGGCCCAGGCCUGGGGUUAUGGUUUCAGAACCAGCUGGCGCUGCUGCAGAAGGAACCUUGAGGCCCAGAUGAGGAAGGAACCCCCUCACCACCUGCCCGGCCCAGGAGCACAGCUGCAUUUGGGGUGGGGGGCAGGAUGGGGGAGAGGGGGAGGGGUGGUACUUGGCACCAAUAAAGGAGGAAUCAGACCCAGA